AUGGCGCAGAUGCCUUCCCCGCGCCUACGUCAUUACAGGACCAUGACCGCUAUUUGCUUCGUCUGCAACCUUCCCAUCCUGUCGCAUCAGGUCGGGUUGGUAUGGCAGGGAGGCAACGGAUGGGACGACCUGGUGCGGGAGCAGGUAGAGGAGUCUACCAUCAGGCAGAGGCUGGGGGGGCGACGGGACUCUGCCACCCAGAUAUGCAGCAUAUCGCCGCCCACGGAGCUGCAGGAAGCCUCGCCUCCACCAAGCGGCCAGACGAGGAGGCGACGCAGCUCCUUGGCCCAGCUGACGGACAUCCUGAGGGAGUGGGGAGGCAGCACGAAGAAGCAGCAGAAGCAGCUGUGCCGCAGGGAGACCUUGGCGGACCUGGCCAGGUCACUUCCCUGGGGAAGGCAGAGCGCCACGGAGUCGGGCCCUACACCUAGUAUCACUACUCACAGAAAAAGGCGCGAAUCUAGCGCUGACUCCGGCAUCAGAAGCAUGGGUUCCAAGUCUCGAAGGGACUCCCACCACACGGCCAUCUCAGACUUCAAAACGGAAGUAGCGAAACUGUGGCAGCGUCGCGAGAGCAUCACCACCAACACAGUGGUCACUGCCAGCACCAUGCCUCGCAGAGACAGCGGCGAGUCAAGCAGAAGCGGCAGGCGAGACUCAACCACCCAUUCCCACCACACCUCCCGAAGGGGGUCGGGGGAGAGCGGAAAGAGCGGCCGGCGGGACUCCACCACGGCUAUAACGCCACCUCCACCCAAAAUAGUAGCGGCUAAGAAGAAGAGACGGGAUUCCCGUACCAUCACAGACACUCCUUACUACAGACAGGAGCAAAGACCCUCUACUUCCUCCACGGCUUCUGACUCGGCACCCGCGCAGUACCUUAGUACGGCUCCGGUGACAAGCAGUACUUCGGAUACUAGCACCCAAGCUCUUCCACCUCCUACAAUCAUAACUUCCAGCGUGACGCCACCUGCCACCUCACCAACCGUACCUACAACCACUGCGACAACUCCAACACACCCGCUGCUGUCUACUAGAAGAGACUCGACGACGCAGUGCGGGCGACUUGGAAGGAGAGACUCCAGAAGUCACGCCAGUCCAGAGCGCAGCAAGCAUUCUCGACUACAACGUCAAAACACCGCGUACGAUGAAAGUUGUCUACCUCCUGGGGGUUGGAGUAGAAGAGGUUCACAACCAACAGCCCUAAGCCCAGACGUAGACGACACUGGUCGCAAAGCCAGACGAGAUUCUUUGAGCCCCGACUCAGCCUCUAGAAGCAGAAGAGACUCCAGGUCUCACCUCAGUCCAGACCGAUCUGGAGAACGAGACAUUAGCCCCGUACGACGCAGCAGAAGAGGCACUUUAAGGAGACAAUCGACCAGCGUAGCCGGUGGACGUCAUGGCCACAGGUCACCAGAUUCAUCCAGCUGCUCCAGCAGAGACCCGAGCCCCUGCAAUCGCCCCGGGCCUCCUCCAACUACCGAGAAUUACAGACCUGCCAUCCGCAGACAGUCCACUACCGAGGAGAUUCUGAUCGCGAGGGGCUUCCGAAGACAAUCAACAACCGAAGAGAUGAUCAGGUGUAGAAACUUCCGAAGGCAAAGCUCCCAAAGCGACGACUGUCAGAGGUACCGCGGGAGGAGGGACUCCAGCGCUCAGAUCCUCGAUGGUACCAUAGCCUCUAUGACCGUGGAAACAUCUAGUACGUUUUUUGAUUCUAGCACGCAAACAGAACCCUCGCCGUUGUACGACAAUAACCACUACCACGAGGAAUGCCUCCGCUGCAAUUCAUGCGGUCUCAAUCUGACUGGGCCCAACCAGAAGCGCGCCAGGCGCUUCAAGAACCAGAUUCUUUGCGACCUCCACUUCGCUGACGUUGCUCUCAUGGAGUGCUCGGAUUUCAUGCAGCAGCUGCGGUCCUUCAAGCCACAGUCCCUCGGAUGCGCCGUAGCCAGAAGGAAGUCGUCGACAACGCUUAUUUUUCCGCUACCGCCUCAGGCCUGCUCGGAUGAGUUCUGCGAAGAAUUCCCCCACAAUUUCAUUCCUACACCUGGAUACUGGAUAGAAUGUUCGCGACAGAAGAUCACCUCCGAUACCAUCUGGGAUGAAAGCGAAUCCGAGCACGAGAAUGAAAUACAGGAAGGCGAGGAAGAGGAAGAUAAUACGGACGGAAUGGAGCACGAGAACGGUUUCAGCAGACGGAGGGAUCGAAGCUGUAACGACUUGUACGAAGACGACGAAGACGACUCUUCGUCGCCAAAGAAGAAGACGGCUAUUGAGGAGCAGUGGGAGAAAAACCAAGGCUUCGAACUGACAAGUGUGGAACAAGAGACCUACGAGAAAUACUUCUACGGUACCGAGCAUUGGAAUUACUUUACGAACGAUGAAGACCUAGGUCCUGUUAUAUUGUCUAUUAAGCAAGAAACCCUCAACUCUAGAGAUCAAUUUAGAAUAUUGGUGAGAGCUAUUAGUUACACCGUUCACGGUUUAAUCCCGGCAAGUUGUGUUUUCGCAGAUCGAUAUAAUCGCGAGGAGGUGGUGAGAUCCUUAGGAAAAGAAGUCAACAUUAACCCGCCCUUAACACUCGGACAACUUCCUGAUACACCUGAGGAACUUCUCAAACUGGAUCAGGUGUUCAUAAAAUCGGAGCUGAAAGUUGGCGUCAUCUACGUCAAAGAAGGACAGUACACGGAAGAGGAGAUCUUAGACAAUAACGACAAUUCUUUUAUGUUUGAAGAAUUCCUGCAAAUACUAGGGGAAAAGGUCCGAUUGAAAGGUUUCGAUAAGUACAAAGGUGGAUUGGAUACAGUGCACGAUCUCACUGGCUUAUACUCCGUCUAUACAAACUGGAGGAAUAUAGAGAUAAUGUUCCACGUCAGUACACUGUUACCAUACGAACGGCACGAUCCACAGAAGUUGCAGAGGAAGAGGCACAUAGGCAACGAUAUAGUAUGCGUGGUCUUCCUUGAAGCAGACAACACUUCGUUCUCACCAGCCUGUAUAAAGAGCCAUUUUCUUCACACUUUCAUACUAGUGAGGACCUCUCCUAGGAUCAAGAGGAAGCCCACGCGUUACGAGGUGUCGGUGGUCACUAGGGACGAGGUAGGUGCCUACAAACCUUACCUGUGGGAGCAGAGCGUCUUCGACAAAGGUCCGAUGUUUCGGGAGUGGCUACUGACGAAAAUAGUGAACGGCGAGAGAGCCAGCUAUUCGGCACCGAAAUUCGCCAGGAUGCAGGAAAGGACCAGAUCGCAGAUGCUGGAGGACAUCGUCGCCAAUCUACAGAACCACGCGGAAACCGGCCAGAUACCCAAACCCUACAGAAGAGGCUCCUGGAGGCCCAUCGGCCACAUGAGACCAUCCUCGCCGCUGCUGGACAGCGUGCGCGACCAAUUCGAAGACUACGACCAAAUAGCGAAAGACUUCACCAGGAUGUUCCUGAACACCGAGGCGAACACGCUGGCCAACGCCCAGCUCUUCGACGUCGCCUUCCUCGUCGGCCAGUCCAAGCAGAAGGUGAAGCUGGUCGGCGUCAGGGCCAUCCUGGGGGUCCGCAGCAGGGUGUUCCAGGAGAUGCUGUACGGCAUCCAAACUGGUUUCGGCUCACCACAAGUACCGGUUGCGGAGCUGUUAGCGAGGCCGGUCCCGACGCUACUCAGCCCCCAGCAGGCGCGACCGAAGAGCAGCAACUUCCUGCAGGUGCCCGACAUCGAGUCGCCCAGACCCAAGAGCGUGCCCAGCUCGCCCAUGGUGAAGAGGGCGUUCACCAGGCUGGGGACGAUCACCGCCGGGUGGGGCAGGUCCAUCAGGAAGCACAACACCCAGCAGUUGUCGGCCGACGACAAGAAGAAGUGGGCUAGCAGCCAGGACUGUUCUAACAAAGAAGGGAAGGACAAGGAGGGCAAAGACAAACCCUCGCUCUCCCAACUGCCGGUACCGAGACUCAGCGUUUGCGCAGAUGCUCAAAAAGUAGACAGGGCGAAGCUGGCCCAGACUGAAUUUUCUAUUAUUGAAUUCGAUCCCGAAACAUUUCGAAUAUUGUUGGACUAUCUUCAUACAGGGUCUUGUCCGUUAACGUGUUCAACAAUACCCGGAUUGAUCUGUGCAGCUGAGCAUUAUGACCUGCCCGAACUGCUACAGGCAUGCUUCCAUCACGCCAAGCAGUUCUUGAGGAUAGACGUGGUGUGCUGCAUGCUGUGUUCUCUGGAGAACUACUACUGGAGGUACACCUCUGCUUCGGAACUUGUAAAUAUGAUCUUGGCUUUUGUGGAAACAAGAGCGUAUGCCUUAUUUCAAACUAGCGAAUUCCUAAAUUUGAGCGAAUCCAUGGUGCAAAUGAUAAUGUGCAGGAAUCUCGAGGUGCCCGAAGUACGAAAAUUCGAGGCGAUGCUGGCUUGGGCUAGGCACAAAAUUCGGACGAAAACUUCUAGUAAAUUGGACGCUAAAUUAGAAUUCAAAUGCAUCAUGGAACGUUUAGCUAGGGAUCUAAAGUUGUACAGAAUAUCGCCGCAGGAACUCAUUAAGGUUGUGCUGCCCUCGAAAGCUAUUAAGAACGAGAGGAUAUUAGAGACCCUAAUGUUCCAAGCCAACUCUGGCAUGUACAGAAUCCAAGAUUCCUACAUCAAGGAAUGCACCCAAAGACUGCAAAAACAGGAUUCCCGGUUUUCAGAAUGGGAGUCUUUCGACUACAGCAAUUAGAGACUUUUGUGAAAGAAAGUAGUAUAGGAGACAAUCAUUACGCUACAAGGACUUUUAAGAGUACGUUAAUAUGCCGCGGUGAUCUAGAGCGGAAGAUCCGUCAAACCGAAACACGUCUUCCACGUCAAAUAAACAAUAUUUUAUAACUGUUAAUAAGAAAUAAUGUAUAAAAUCAAUAUAAAAACGUCUCCAAACAAAUCCACCACAUAAUCUUAGUACACAUGCUGUAAAAGCUACAUUUUUUCAUAAAAUUACUCAAACACCUUUAAUUUAAGACAAAAUUAGAAGGCAGUCUAUAAUUUUAUAAGUAUUUGAUGUUCUGAAUCCAAUUCCAGCACCAGAAUUGCUCCAUUAAGUCAGGUUUACAAGAGAUUCUAACCUAAAAGUGUCAACAACGCUGGUUUUCGCUAUAUUUGAGGUUAUGUUACACCACGUGGUAAAUCGUUAGAAUCAAAUUGAAUAAUAAAUAAUUUCUCGAGAGGAAAGAAGAGAUUCUAACGAUUCAAAUUAAUUUUGAAAGAAAGACAGUACUUUUAACCUCAAAUAUAGCGUAAUACCGUAUUUUCGCACUUUUAGGUUAGGAUAUAUCUAAAACCUGAUGCGAUCGAGCAAUUUUGAAAUAGGAUUCGCGUCAAGAAACUCUGGAAAAAACUGUGUUUUACUUCAAACCUUCGCUCUUAGAAAUAGUUUUAGAGAAAAUUCUUACGCUUGUUUUGUUUGUCAGAGAAGCCAGUCCUAAAAGUUUGUCACACAAAUGUCUUUGCCUCAUGGCAACGGUUUUACCAUAAAAUACCAAUUUAUUUACCAUAGAAGUGGUGAUAAAUGAAAAAUACUAAACACAAAUUCUUAAUUUAUACCUAAACCUCAUUCACAACCGAAUAUUUCUUCUACUAAUGCCACAGAACGGAUUUUCUGAUACUUGUUUCGGUUUGACUGGUCCUGCGUGGCAGAUGUACGACCGUUGAAAAUUUGAUAUUAUAUUUAUUAACUAACCAUGUCAUCUGGGAACAAAGUGAUCGAUGUUUUAUUGUUGUUAAAGAUUAAAGUGUGUGGUUGCAGGACAAUCUCUCUAAAAUUACGUGUUUUGCCUUGAGUGUAUUUUUUCUAAACGCUUUUAGGUACUUACUUUCCGUAUCCCGUUUAACAUCAGUACUUAAACUACGCGUCAGUUCAUUGUAAAGGGUACGCUAUGAGGACGAGUGCAUUUUAAAGAAAAAUGAUAAUAAUAAGCUUCCAACUAUUCCUCGAGUAACCCCACGUCGCUGUCAUUAUCCUUAUUAUUACAUUUGCUGACGUGGACCCACGAAACCAGUUCUAUGGUAUAUAAUUUUUUGUUCCGUAAUCGACAUAACCUUAAAACAUUGAGAAAAUAAUAAGUACAAUUAAAAGAAAUUCGUAUGGAUCAUAAACAAGUAAAAAAAUGAAUGCAACACCAGGAAAAACACAUUUUUUUUCCUUAGUUUUAUUUUUUAUAAGAAAUGUGUAUUGAAUUAUUUUACGGAUUUUGAGGUGUUGUUUUUAGACCAGCCUUUUUGAAUUAAUGGAAUAUAUGAAACAGAAAUAAAAACCAUAAAUUAAAUACGCCAAAUAAUGAAAUUCUUAAUAUUGAUACGAUAUUUUUUUGGGAUUCUUGCGAACGACCAUUUUGAGACGCGAUCCCGCCCCUAAGCUCAUUUUGAAUCAUUUUCUUUUAAAAUCUCAACAGCAAAUAAAUUCAGUUGUCGAACUGAAGAUCAAGGUGGGCAUAGUUAAUAAUUAUUAGUAAUAAAAAAAUUCCUCUCGUACCGUACCCUAACCCAAACGCUGUCUAGUCUAAUAAUUAUGCUUUUUUGAAAUUAAACCUUUUAUCAGAAUGGGUUAAGCAAGGAGCAAUUGAUUUUUUUAGCCAUUAAAAAAAUUAUCAAGCUACACUGAAAAAAGUGUUCACAAUUGCUUAAGCUACCUACAAAUUUAUCAGUAAUUUCAAUGAUGGGCAAAUUUGCAAACAUGUUUCUGUUAUGAUAUGAUAAAAGACGCUAUUAAUAUAAGCCUAGUGAACAUUUUCUCUUUCUCUCUAACAUUUUUUUCUUUUGUAGUAGCUCCAAAGGAAAAGUUAAGCCUUUAAAAGACCCAUCAACUACACUAAUGCAAAAAAUUAAAGUGUCAAAAGAAUUUCCGAAAAGUUUCCAUGAUUUU